UUUGUUAACCACAUCCAGUCAUUAGCAAGCCCAUCCACCAUCCACUAGCAGCUCUGUGCAGGACAUGGCUGAAGGAGUGGAGCGCCUGGUGCGGGAGCAGGCCCACCUGAAGGUCCAUCUCAACGGAGUUCUGGACGAGAACCGCCGGCUGGACACCGAGUUGGCCAAGUGCAAGAGCAUCCUAGCUCGCGGCGAUUACCAGGAGCUCAAGCAUCGCCUUCUGCUGAGCAACAAUGCCUUGGACGCGGCCAAGAAGCAGGUGGACGAGCUCAUCAAGGAACGGAACAGCCUGCAGUGCAUGCACGACUGCUCCAAACAGACCAUCGAAACCAUGGAAUUGGAUCUGAAGAACUAUCGCGUCCAGCUGGAACUGUCUGGAGAUGACCAGGUCAUCCAGCGGUACUCGAAGGUCGUCAAAAUGCUGGAGGCGAAGGUGGUGGACCAGCAGAAGGAGAUUCGCACGCAGGCGGAGACCAUUAAGGCACUCCACGAUCACAAACAGCACAGCGGGGAGCAACUGCAGCAGCUGCACGCCCAACUCAGGGAUAGCGAGCAGAGUCAAUCCAAGGUGUCCAUUCUGCAGAAGCAGCUCAAGGAGUACGAGCUAUCGUUGAGCCACACCCACAAUUUGCUGAUGGAGAGCACCAGACGGGAAUCCGAUGCCAUGCGAAAAGUCGAGGAGGCCAUCAUACUCAGCGAAGAGGCAAACAAGGAGAAGGCGGAGGCCACCAAGCUGGCCGAGGCCUACAAGGAGGAGUUCACCCAGCUGGCCAAUAAUAUCGGCACCAUUAUGGAUGAGGCAUCCACACGUGUGGACGUUGAGGUGGGCCAGCUAAAGAACAUGCUCAAGCAGAAGGACACUUUGAUUAGCACAGUCAAGGAGAAGCUGAAAAAACUGUCUGCUGAUCACAAGUCGGUGGUUCACAUGCUGGAGACGCGGAACAAUCGCCUGGAGCAAAAGUACAAGGAGGUGCUGAAGCAGAACGAUAAGCUGGAGGUCGAGUUGGAGGUAACCUGCCGGCGACUUGGCGAGCUGGAGCGAUCCCUUAGCGAAGUGCACGGCGAAGAUGCUCAAGAAGCCAGGAUGAAAAGGCACUAUGAGUCGCAAAUGGAGCGCUGCCUGAUGGAGCAUAAGAAGAUGAAGGCCAAGUACCGCGAAGGCAUGGAGGACAUCACGCAGCGCUUCGAAUCGGAAAUAUACAAGUUAAUGGAGGAGAACUCCGUGCUGCUGGCGGAAAACGAACUGCUCAAGAGCGGUGCCGCAGGCGACAGCUCCAGGCAGCCUUCGUAGACCUUGCCGCUGAUUUUACGGUUGUACAAAGAUAUAUUUUAUGAUUACUUCUGUACAUAUUAAAUUACUUUUACGAGAUCACUA